UCAAAUAAUAAGUGGCCCCGGGCAUUGGAAAAAACACUGCCUAGAGGGCUAACAUUUUGAUCAAACACACAAAAACAAAAAGAACUUAUCAUAAUAUAAUAAAAAAAAUUCUUAUUUUAAAAUCUUAGGGAUGGCUGAAUUUGAUAACAGUCAGCAUGAGAAGAAGAAGAAGUACGCCGUUGUUGGUUUAUCUUCAAUCUUACUUGUCGCCAUGGUAGCCGCUGUGGCCGUCGGCGUAUCAACCACCGACGAAAUUAGCGGCGAAUCAGGCGGCGACAACCAAUUAGCAACAUCACAAAAGAAUGUUAAAGUUAUCUGUGAUUCAGCAGAGUACAAACAAACGUGUGAAAAGAGUCUUGCAAAUGUUUCAUCAGAAACCACUGACAUGAAAACAUUGGUGAUAGCAGCUUUCAAUGCAACCGCUGAAGAACUCUUAAGCAAAAUCCACAACUCAACACUUUACAAUGAAUUAGCCACUGAUAACAUGACAAAACAAGCCAUGGAUAUUUGCAAAGAAGUCCUUGGUUAUGCUGUUGAUGAUAUUCAUCAAUCUAUUCACACUUUGGAUAGAUUUGAACUUAGCAAAAUUGAUGAAUAUGCUUAUGAUAUCAAGAUUUGGAUAGCAGGUACACUUUCUCAUCAACGAACAUGUUUAGAUGGGUUUGAAAACACAACAACAGAAGCAGGACAAACAAUGGCUAAGGUUCUUAAUGCAUCACUAGAGCUAAGUAACAAUGCUAUGGAUAUAGUUAAUGGUGUUGCAGGAUUUGUUAAGGGUCUUAAUUUGAGUUCUCUUACAAGUGCUAUGAGUAGGAAGCUUUUGUCUGAGGAUGGCAUUCCUUCAUGGGUUGGUCAAAGUCAAAGGAGGCUUCUAGAAGCUCCUCAUGAUGUUACGCCUAAUGUAAUAGUCGCUCAAGAUGGUAGUGGACAAUUUAAAACACUAAAUGAGGCACUUGAACUUGUUCCUAAAAAGAACAAAAUUCCUUUUGUUAUUUAUGUUAAGGCUGGUGUCUACAAUGAGUAUGUUGCUUUGGAUAAACACAAGAGCCAUGUUCAUAUUAUUGGUGAUGGUCCCACAAAGACCAUAUUCACUGGUAACAAAAACUACGUUGAUGGUGUCCAGACUUACAACACCGCAACAUUCAGUAUCAACGCUGCCGAUUUCAUGGCCAUCAACGUCGGAUUCGAGAACUCAGCAGGAGCCGAGAAGCAUCAAGCAGUAGCACUCCGUGUUACAGCAGACAAAGCAGUGUUCUACAACUGUCAAAUGGAUGGUUUCCAAGACACAUUGUACACACAAUCAAAAAGACAAUUCUACCGUGACUGCACUGUGUCUGGAACCAUUGAUUUCAUCUUUGGUGAUGCAGCUGGAGUUUUCCAAAACUGCAAACUGAUAGUGAAGAAGCCAAUGGAAAACCAACAAUGCAUGGUGACAGCUGGUGGAAGGACGAAAGUAGACAGUCCAACUGCCCUAGUUUUCCAGAACUGCCACUUCACAGGAGAACCUGAUGUUGUUGCCUUGAAGCCCAAGAUAUCAUAUUUGGGUAGACCAUGGAGAGAAUACUCCAAGGUAGUUAUCAUGGACUCAGUUAUAGAUGAUAUAUUUCUACCAGAAGGUUACAUGGCAUGGAUGGGAAGUGCUAACAAAGAGACAUGCACUUACUAUGAAUACAAUAACAAAGGACUAGGUGCUAACACUGAACAUAGAGUUAAAUGGCCAAAUGUUAAAACCAUUGCUGCAAAUGAAGCUGUUAAUUAUUAUCCAGAAAAGUUUUUUGAACUUGUUAACUCAACUCAACGUGAUGCUUGGAUUGUUCAAUCUGGAGUACCUUAUUCAAUAGGCCCAAUUGCCUCUGCUUAAGGACAGAGACUACCCCUGUUUUAUAAAAUACUAUAUAGUCUAUGUAGCCAUCCCUCUGCAUGCAUUUGUUCAUGCUUGAAUCCUAACCGUUUUGACAUUAUGUCUUUAAUCAAAGGAAAGUCAUGCAGUAUGUAAUGGUGUUUGUUGUUAAUUAAGUUUCUCCCUUUGAUUUUUCAUACAGUUAGUUUUGUGCUUCGGAGAAUUCUCAAUGACCGAUUGUGGUUGCUGAAUUCUCAUUUUAAUAUCACACUUAUUGUUAGCUA